UCCUCUCUCGCUUCCAUUUUGCUCCCCGCAUGUGUCUGCUGUUAGUUUACAGGUCAGUGAGGAGCUUUAAAUACCUUCUUCCCUGCACUGUCCCCCCCCGAUCCGACGACAAGAGAUGAAAGAAGCAAUUAUGAAUCAAGAGAAACUUGCUAAACUACAGGCACAGGUCCGCAUCGGCGGAAAGGGUAGUGCUCGCAGAAAGAAGAAGGUUGUACACAGAACAGCUACCGCGGAUGACAAGAAGCUCCAGUUCUCCUUAAAGAAACUUGGUGUCAACAAUAUCUCUGGUAUUGAAGAGGUCAACAUGUUUACAAAUCAGGGAACAGUCAUCCACUUCAACAAUCCCAAAGUGCAGGCCUCCCUCGCGGCCAACACCUUCACCAUCACCGGCCACGCCGAGACCAAACAGCUGACCGAGAUGCUGCCGGGUAUCCUGAACCAGCUGGGAGCCGACAGCCUGACGAGCCUCAGGAGACUUGCCGAGGCCCUGCCCAAACAGGCUGCGGAUGGAAAAGCGCCAAUUGCAACAGUAGAAGAAGAAGAUGAUGAUGUUCCAGAUCUGGUGGAGAAUUUUGACGAGGCGUCCAAGGAUGAAGCCAACUAGAGUAAAUGGGACUCCCUGGAGUGUCAGAACUUGACAGGACCAUGUGGGCCACAAGAUGCUGUUCUGUCUUUCGAGAGGUUGGAAGUUAAUAGUUAAAGUACCUGAGAGGACGGACGAUCAACUUUUGGCUUUGAGUAUUCUGUGAUAUGUGCAACAUCUGAACAAAGUACUUGCAUCCUCUUAAGUGAAUUAUUUUUGAGUAAUUUUCUAGAAUAGUACUCUGAAGUAUUAAAAACUGGAGGUAGCAGUAUUUUUAGAGGAAUGUAUUGUAGUACUCAUUCCACCUCUUCUUUUCCACCAGCCUCUCCAAGUGCUUGUUGUGCUCUGUGGUCUGUAUGUGCAGUUAGAGUGAGAGAUUGUUUCUAAAAUGUUGUGUUCAAGGCUCCUGCUGUACAUCUGUUUCCUCCAUGUUACUGAACCUUAAUUCUUUGUGGCCUCGUUCAAACCACCAUAUCUGGAAUAAACCUUUGUCACUGUCAAUAAACAGCCAAAAUUUCUGAUUUUCUUCUUCCCUCACGUACUAUUUCCGCAGGUGAAAUAUUUUGGUAUGCCUUCUUUAAAUUUGUUAGGAUGCGCAAGUGUACAGGCUAAACUUUCACGAGACCAUUUACAUUAUUGUACAACU